UGGUUCCCAGCUCAUUUCAUGGUGACGUCAUCAAGCCGCGCCGUGCUGACGUUGUGUAAGUGCGAGGAAGAUGGCGGCGCCCGGUGAGGCCAUGCAGCAACCAGAGACCCCCGAGAGCUCCCCCAUCCCGGGGCACCCCGACAUCGACUCGUUCGUCAAGUAUGCCCUUGGCACAGUUGUAUCUGCAACAAAAACUUCCACAGGCCUACCCCAAUCAGGGGAUGAAUACGACUUUUACCGCAGUUUUCCUGGAUUUCGGGCAUUCUGUGAAUCACAGGGGGACCACCUGCUCAGUUGUAUGAGCCAGAUAAUGCAGUAUCAUGGCUGUCGCAGUCAUAUCCGAGAUCGCAGCAAACCAACAGAACUGGAAGACAAGUUUGAUUUGCUUGUAGAUGCUAAUGAUGCCAUUUUGGAAAAAGUGGGCAUGUUACUUGAUGACGUUUCUGGAGUGACCCGUAACCAGCAGCCCAUUCUACCUGCUGGACUCCAAGCUCCCAAGACCAUUGUUUCCAGUUGGAAUAGAAAGAGCAAUGAUUCAAGCAAAAGGGGCAAAAGUGAAACCUUUCGUUUGCUUCAUGCCAAGAAUAUUCUGCGCCCUCAGCUCAAAUUCAAGGAAAAGAUUGACAAUUCUAACACCCCUUUUGUUCCAAAAAUUUUUGUGAAGCCCAAUGCUCAGAAACCUCUGCCUGAUGUUCUUAAGAACAGACGGGAGAGGGAGCAGCGCCCAGAGGAUUUGGACGUCCCACCUGCGCUGGCUGAUUUUAUCCACCAGCAGAGACUAAAACAAACAGAAGAGGACACGUUUGCUCACCCAUACAAGUAUGAAUUGGAUCACUUUGUUCCUGCGGAGAACUUACUAGAGAAUCCGGAUAUCAAGCCAUUUCUGCCCCUGCCAGAUGUCCCCUGUCACUUUGUGACCACACUGGAUGGAUUGGUGGAGCUGAACGAGAAGCUGCUGCAGUGCUCAGAAUUUGCUGUGGAUCUGGAGCAUCAUAAUUACAGGAGCUUCCUGGGCAUAACCUGUCUGAUGCAGAUCUCCACCAGGUCUGAGGAUUUUAUUAUUGAUGUCCUGGAGCUGCGCAGUGACUUGUACAUACUGAAUGAGAGCUUCACAGACCCAGCCAUUGUCAAGGUUUUUCAUGGAGCAGACUCUGAUGUCGAGUGGCUUCAGAAGGACUUCGGUUUAUACAUUGUGAACUUGUUUGACACUCACCAAGCAGCCCGCAUUCUAAAUCUCGGGAGAAAUUCUCUGGAUCACCUUCUCAGGCAGUAUUGCAGUGUGGAGUCUGACAAGCGGUUCCAGCUCGCAGAUUGGAGAAUUCGGCCCUUACCCGAAGAAAUGAUCCAGUAUGCCAGAUCUGAUACACACUAUCUGCUUCACAUCUAUGACAGAAUGCGCACAGAACUUCUGAGUUCUGCCAACGGACAACCAACCCAUCUCCAACUUGUAUGGCAGAGAAGCAAAGAUAUCUGCCUGAAGAAAUUUACCAAACCAAUCUUCACUGACGAUUCCUACUUGGAGCUCUACCAAAAACAGAAAAGGCAUCUAAACACACAACAGAUGACGGCUUUUCGGCUACUUUUUGCCUGGAGAGAUAAGAUGGCCCGGCAGGAGGAUGAGAGCACAGGAUACGUUCUCCCUAACCACAUGUUGCUGAAGAUAUCUGAGGAGUUACCCAAAGAACCACAAGGGAUCAUCGCCUGCUGUAACCCAAUCCCCCCUCUCGUACGCCAACAAAUGAAUGAGUUAUCUUUGUUAAUACAGCAAGCUCGAGAGAUACCUCUGCUUAAGUCUGAAGUCAGCAGUGUGAAAAAGAAAGGGCCGAUUCUCCCCCCGGAGAAAAUGGAGAACCUCCUCUUUGGUCCUCAUGACACCUCCUUGCAGCCAGCUGGUAAUAAUCUCUUUAGCACGGAAGGCCUGCAAGUGGCAAAAGGCUCAUUGUUUUCUGAUGAAGAACCAACUGCUCCUGUGAACCCUGCCGAAGUACUCGCCAGAGCCACCAUCACCAUAUUUAAUGAGUCUGAAAGCGAUGAUGAGCAAACACGGAGUGACUCAUUGGCUCAGCAGAAAGCAAGAAAUGUCAUGGAGUCCUUUAAGAGCCCGUUCCGAAUGUUCCUGCCAGCCAGUGAUCGUGGGGCUCAUGUUUCGCAAACGGCCAAGUUGGAUCCCAAUACAAAAUUGUUUGAGAUCAGUAAUCGAUGGAAGCUGGUCAGCCUGGCACAACAAGAAAAAGAAGCCAAAGCCAAAGAGGAAGCCAGGCAAAAGAAACGUGAAGAGAGAGCUGCUCGGGAACAAGCAAAGAAGAACUUGAAAAUGGUUGCAAAGAAUCUAAAAUCCGUGCGUGAGCAAGCCCAGGAAGAAGAGGUGGAGAAGAAGCGGGAACGAGUGCCCAGUGAGCCUGCAGCAGAAACAGUUAAAUCCGACAAGAAGCGUGCUAAGCUUUCCGAAGAAAAACAGGAGCCAACUGUGCAGGCCCAGUUUACCCCGUACGACUAUAGCAAAUCAGACUUCAAGGUGUUUGCAGGUAGCAGUAACGUGAAGAGUCAGUCAGAGUUUGAUCCGAAUAAACAGCCUGAACAGGGAAAGAAAAAUGCUUCUUCCAGAAAAUCUAACCAAACAAAAGGAGGCAGGAGCAUGUCCUUCAUGCAAGGGAAAUCCGAGCGGGGAUUCAGGCACAGUUGGCCGAAGAGAUAAAUGUUCCUUUAUAUCAUCAAGAAAAACCAAGAUUGGAGGCGUUGAAGCUGAAUUUAAGUUGAAUUUAAAUUUGGAUUUUUAUUAAACUUUUAAUGUACAAACA